AUGGAACAACAACUGGAGGCAUUAGAGCAAAAAUCCCGGGCUCUUUUGCUGGCAACGUCAGUAGACGAGUUGAAGCAGUUGUUUCGCGAAUUCCGGAGUAAUUGGGAAAUGCUUCAAGUUAUGUUGCUCCAUGCAGAUGCUACCGUUGAGCAGAUAGUGCGGUAUGAGAAAGCUGUGCAAGAAUUUCAACGCUUAAAUUCCCGUUAUCGUCGUCAAAUUCUUGAGACCCGUUCCUGGAACCCUUUCAUCAAACCGGUAGCAAAGGAGACGAUUGAUGACAACACAAAUGAUGCUGAAAACGACCAAAAGAACAUAUCUAACCAACUUUUUCCUCAAAAUACCGCUACACUUCCAGAUGGCAUGUUGGUCUCUAGUGCGACGCAAGUUACCUCAGCGAUGAGAGGUAUCCAUUCACAGCUUGUACAGGCUAUCGACCUAAGUGUUAACAGCUCUCAACAGCUGGAAGAGAGCACAAGUGUACUUCAGGAUCUUCAAGAGAAGUACUUCAGUUUGGGCGACGUGAUCUUUUCAAGUCGCCGUUUAAUAAAGGAGCUUAAGAUGAGUGAUAAAGGUGAUUAUUUGCUUGUGAUGUCUGGGUUCUACAUUUUAAUGGCUAUUGUAUUAUUUAUUCUUUGGAAACGAGUUCUGUGGCCCUUCCUGUCUAUCUUCCUUUUCUUCUGGUAA